GAAAGUAAACAAACAGACAGACUAGGGAGCUGGGCCUUCUUCCAGGGAACUCCCACUCCUUCAGAAGGUAAACAAACAAACAGGCUAGGGAGCUGGGCAUUCUGCCAGGGAACUCCCACUCCUUCAGAAAGUAAAAAAACAGACAGGCUAGGGAGCUGGGCCUUCUGCCAGGGAACUCCCACUCCUUCAGAAAGUAAACAAACAGACAGGCUAGGGAGCUGGGCCUUGAAGAGUGAGAAUGGACACCUGGACCUGUUCCUCCGCUUCCUUCUGGGUCUCUCACUGGAGUCCAAACAGAAUCUGUUACGAGGCCUUCUGACACAGACAGGAAGUACAACACAGACCAAUGAGGAAACAGUUGAGAGAACAGUCAGGUACCUUUCAGACAAGACCAAGGACGAAUCCUCACCAGAAAGGAUCAUCAACUUGUUCCACUGUCUGAAUGAACUUGGUGCCAACUCUCUAGUUGAAGACAUGCAGACCUCCCUGCGAUCAGGAACUCUUUCAGAAACAGAGCUAAAACCUGACCAAUGUUCAGCCCUGGCCUACCUGUUACUGAUGUCAGAGGAGGUGCUGGAGGAGUUUGACCUGAAGACAUACAACACAUCAGAGGAAGGUUAUCAGAGGUUGCUGCCGGUAGUGAAAACCUGCAAGAGAGCACUACUGGAUGGCUGUAAACUCACAUAUGAAUCCUGUGAGUCUCUGGCAUCAGCUCUGCAGACACCAAACUCCCCCCUGAGAGAACUGGACCUCAGCUACAAUGACCUGGGAGACAGAGGAGUGGAGCUGCUCUGUGUUGGACUAACCAGUCCACUCUGCAACAUACAUACACUAGUUCUAGGUCAGUGUGGUCUGACAGAGGGUUGCUGUUCAGAUCUGGCCUCAGUCCUGAGUUCACCCAACUCACAACUGAAACAACUGGAGCUGAGAGACAAUGACCUGCAGGACUCAAAAGUUGCACUGCUGUCUGCUGGACUGGAGGAUCCAGACUGUAAACUACACACACUGGGGUAAGUACAGCUGUUUCAG